GCACCUGCUAUACCAGCCCACUUGUCUUAAUUGCACCUUAUUUACCGGCCCACCCAUCUCCAUUGCACCUGCUAUACCGGCCCACUCGUCUCAAUUGCACCCUAUUCUCCGGCCCCCUCAUCUUCAUUGCACCUGAUGUACCGGCCCACUCGUCUCCAUUGCACCUCAUUUACCGGCCCACUCGUCUCCAUCACACCCCAGUUCCCCGGCCCACUCAUCUAUAUUGCACUCCAUUCCUCCGGCCCACUCAUCUAUCACACACUGGAUUCACUACUACUAUUCAUAAUUUCCUAUAUAGUACAUUGCUAUACUACCAUCUAUACUAUAUACACCUGGCCCAUCUGUUUGCCUUGGACACUCCACCCCCUUGGCCCACUCAUCUAACAUGGUACAAUUAUUGCCAUGGGCUGGCACCGGGUGGCCCGUCUCUAUCGGCACAUUGUCAUGCCUGGCUGCCCAUCUGAGAUGGGUAUAUGUUACUGCAUUAUGUGGCAACAAGCAGAUGUUGCAUUUCUUGCGAGGUUCUCUCUGCGUCCAACAUCAAUUGGCAUCGUUCUUGAUUGUGGACGCUGCGGCAUUGCCAUUCCUCUUUUGAUCUGUCGCAGCGACCUAAACAGAAACUCGGGCAAGCCGAUGGCAAAGCAUCUAUCCUGCUCCUUCUACCGGUGGUUCCCCCAACUCCUUGCGUUUCUGAGUAUUAUCAAUCUCAUCCGCUCAUCGAGUCCAUCGUUGAGUUAUUCACCAACUUUCACAAGUUCACAGCCAGCCGCCUCCACCCCAUCCAGCAGUGAAGCUACUAUGUUCCCUUUCCCUUCAACCCAGCCUCAUACCAAACCUAAUGGCAAGAAGCCACGAAAGCGGGGAGAGAAGUGUGUCGGUUCCUUCUUUCAGCAUCUGCGAGCUUUACGGUGCACGCACACCAUGUGCUUGACUCACUGCACCAAUGCUGGUGGCUACGCCAUCCAUCCUGUGGAUACAGAGAUUGUGUAUGACUAUGAGGGCAUGGGUGCGGAAGAGGAGUUUGAGCUCCUGGCUGAUGAACAGGCAGAUAUGGCUCCACUUGAGCCUGGGGUCGACAGUGGUGAUACUGGUCAUGAGGCGCUUCGCCAGGCCUUGGCGAUGUCCCUUGCAAUGUGUGGUCUUGAGUUCCCUGCGGUACCCCCUCCCCAUAUUCCUUCUUUUUGUGACCUUUUGACGGCUCCUGUGAUUAAUACACCAUCCUUGACCAUACCACCUACACCGUCCUUGACCACACCAUGUCCAGCAGCACUCAUUACCACACCAGCACCAGUUAAGAAGCCACCUCGCAUCACCCAACAGCUUGACCCCUUGUGGGUAUCAGACCUCAAUGCUCGUGCGCAGCGUGAAGCUGAAGAACAGAGGAUUGCAGAGCGCUGGAAGGAGAUGGAGAAGGCAGCGAAGCAACGCUUUGUCCUCCACUGGUAUGAUGCUGUACAUAUCAAUGUCUUUAUGUUGGCAUAUAACAAUGCCCCAGUCGUAGAAGAAUGGGUGACCGACUGCCCUUUCUUCCCUCAGUUCCAGCUUUCGGACGAUCCUGCUCUCAUUGACUCACUUGGUGAGGGGAUCGACAAGAUUGAGGUAUUUGAGGAGCGCCUCCAAUGA